CCCAAACUCAACUUCUCAUCAAAUCAUCAAUGGCUUCCUCUCCCAAAGACCUUCACUUUGUCUUGUUUCCUCUAAUGCAACAAGGCCACAUGAUACCAAUGAUCGACAUUGCACGAAUACUAGCCCACCGUAAUGCCACAGUUACAAUCAUCACAACUCCUGUUUAUCGCAUUCCUACAAUUGAUAAAAGAAGUGAUUAUGCAUGUUACUCUAAAGAAGAUGAAGUGGGAAACAAAGAAAAGGAAGAAAUACUCAGAUCUGAAACGGAAUAUGAAAAAUUCAAGAAUGAUUACUUGAAUUCAUAUUUUGAAAGUUUAAACAUUACAUCCGAAGAACCGGACUGGAAUGUAAUGAUCCUACAAGCGAUGACAUUCAAUGAAUUCCAAGAUUGCAAAGCCCUUAUGGAUAUGUUGGAAGAUGAUGAAUAUGUAGGAAAAUAUAAGUUCUUCAUAGAGAAGAAAUUCGAAGACAUGAUAGACUGGCUUUUAAAAGUUAAACUAGAAAUCAAUUCAAGACCGUUACCCGCUUAUGCCAAGAAUAACCGGAAAGUCUGCAUGUUAGACUUAUACUUAGCAGUAAAAAAGGAGGGUGGUCAUCGACGGGUAACAGAUAAUCAUAUGUGGGCAGUGAUAGCAAAAGAUAUGGGUCUUGAUUAUGAUGAUGCAGAACUGAUGAGGCUCAUGUACGCUAUGUAUUUAGACGUGAUGGUUUAUUACUACAAGAUCAAAUGCAUUCAAGGUACUGCUGAAGAAAAGGAAAUCGGAGAGGAUGCUGGUGCAGAAAGAAGAACCAGAAGCAUGGAACUAAUUGCUGGAACAAGUGAACAAGCUGCUGCCGAACAAGAAGGAGGAACAGAUGAACAUUUCGCGUUAUAUGCUGGAAAUGAUUGGAAAGGAUUAAGGAGGUUGAAUACGAGAAGAAGGUUCGAUUUUCAGAGAGCCAAGGCAGCAGUAGAUGAUGCUAACAUCAGCGUUUAUAUGACUUAUAAUUAUUUCAUUUCUAACACUGUUAACGCCACCCGUUUCAAGCCAGCCAUCGAUCGGGCAAUCCAAGCCAAGCUCAAGAUCCAAGUUAUCGAACUUCAACUCGCCUUAGCCGAAGUUGGUUUGCCUGAAGGAUGCGAAAAUUUCGACAUGAUUCCAUCGGUUGAUCUCUUUGUUAACAUGUAUACCUCCAUGGACAAGUUGGAGAAACCAUCAGAAGAAGUUCUGAGGCGGCUAACACCGGCUCCUAGUUGCAUCAUCUCGGACAACCAGUUUCCUUGGACGACUGAUCUAGCUCAUCGGUUCGGUAUUCCUAGACUUGUGUUUCAUGGACCGGGAUGCUUUACGUACUUGUGUUUACACAUUGUGAUGAAGACUAAUGUACUAAAUGAAAUCAGAUCUAGAUCUGAUUCGGAUUACUUUGUGUUGCCCGGGAUACCUGACCGGAUUGAGCUCACAAAAGCACAAGCAGGCGGUUGGGGGAAAAUUAGGGAGAUGAAAGGGAUGGGCGACUUCUUUGAACGAAUGAGUGUGGCAGAGGAAGGUGCAGAUGGGGUCGUGGUUAAUAGCUUCGAAGAGCUGGAGCCAAACUAUGUUAAACGGCUCGCAGAGGCGAAAGGUAAGAAGGUAUGGUGUAUCGGGCCGGUUUCACUGCAUAACAGAAGUUUUCUAGAUAUGGCAGAGAGAGGAAAGAAGGCUGGGAUCGAUGGGCAUGAUUGCUUGAAAUGGUUAGAUACGAAGGAUCCGCGAUCGGUGAUCUUUGUUUGUUUGGGAAGUAUGUCGAGUCUUAGAAACGAACAGGUACUCGAGCUCGGGUUGGGAUUGGAAUUAUCAAGCAUACCGUUUAUUUGGUGUAUAAGAUCAACCACAGACGAGACGGACAUAUGGUUAUCGGGAUAUGAAGAUAGGGUAAAAGAUAGAGGCUUAAUUGUUCGCGGUUGGGCGCCACAAGUCUUGAUACUGUCCCACGAGGCGGUUGGUGAUUUUGUAACUCAUUGCGGAUGGAACUCGACUCUUGAAGGGGUUUCAGCCGGGGUACCGAUGGUUACAUAUCCGCAAUUUGCGGAUCAGUUUUUAAAUGAAAGACUUGUGGUAGAUGUGUUGAAAACAGGAGUGAGCAUUGGUAUGGAGGUUCCUGUUGCUAUUGGAGAGAAAGAUAAGUUUGGAGCGUUGGUGAAGAAAGAGAACAUCAAGACGGCGGUAGAAAGUGUAAUGAACAACGAAGGGGAGGGAAAGGCGAGAAGAGAGAGAGCUAGAGAGUUUGGGGAAAUGGCGACGAAAGCAAUGGCGGAAGGGGGUUCUUCGUAUGUAAACACGACGUUGAUGAUGCAAGAUGUUAUUGAGGAAUUAGCCAAGAACACAAAACCGAUUCAAGAUGUGUUCUAGGCAUUCUAAUGGGUAGAUGGACUGAAUGUGACUAGGUCCAUUUUAAGAUUUUCGGGUGUGACUGUUUACAAAUUUUUACUUUGAAUGCAACCUUUGAUUGAGUUCCAUCAUAA